UCCCUCCAGAGAUGCUGGCUGACCCGCUGAGUUACUCCGGCGCUUUGUGUUCACCGCAAGAUUGCAGUGUCUGCAGUUCCUUGUGUCUCCAUUUUACCGGGUGUUUCAGCGCCCACAGCCAUAUUAGCGGCAGCAACGACAGUACAGGCAGACAGACAGCCGUUACAACGCCAAGGGAACCAAGGUCCAUGCACAUAGAUCGGGUAGAUGUACAGAGUCUCUUUCCCAGAGUCGGUGAAUCGAGGACCAGAAGACCAGGUUUAAGGUUUGGAAGAGGAUAGAAAAUUGGUGUCGGGGAUGUCGGAGGUGGCGCAGGAGUCGAAGGUCAAGCCGGUGGUGCCCAUGAAACCGUCGGCCAUGGGCUCCCAGCUACUGGGCUACGUGGGCAUUGACACCAUCAUCGAGCAGAUGCGUCGCAAGACCAUGAAGACCGGCUUUGACUUUAACAUCAUGGUCGUGGGGCAGAGUGGUUUGGGAAAGUCCACCCUGGUCAACACUCUCUUCAAGUCUCAAGUCAGUCGGAAAUCCUGCGGGAGGAAUCGUGAAGAGAAAGUCCCAAAAACUGUGGAGAUCAGAACAGUCGGACACGUCAUCGAGGAGAAGGGGGUGAAGAUGAAACUGACGGUGAUCGACACGCCGGGCUUUGGAGAUCAGAUCAACAAUGACAACUGUUGGGAGCCCAUCGAGAAGUACAUCAGCGAGCAGUACGAGAAGUUCCUGAAGGAAGAGGCCAAUAUCUCGCGGAAGAAGCGUAUUCCCGACACCCGUGUUCACUGCUGCCUGUACUUCAUCUCCCCCACCGGUCACUCGCUGCGGCCCCUGGACGUGGAGUUCAUGAAGCGCCUGGGGAAGACCAUGAACAUCAUUCCCCUCAUCGCCAAAGCUGACACCAUGACGCUGGAGGAGAGGCACGACUUUAAACUGAGGGUCCGGAAAGAGAUGGAGUCGAACAAUAUCGAGUACUACCCACAGCGGGAAUUUGAUGAGGACAUGGAGGAUAAGACGGAGAACGACAAGAUCAGGGAAACCAUGCCCUUUGCCAUCAUCGGCAGUGACACGGAAUAUCAAAUCAACGGGAAAAGAGUCCUGGGGAGGAAAACCCCCUGGGGGAUCAUUGAAGUUGAGAACGUCACUCACUGCGAGUUUCCUCUUCUCCGGGACCUCAUCGUCAGGUAACUGCAAACAUGCAUCUCUGUCUCUCUCUAUCUCUCUGUCUCCAUCUGUCUCUCUCCCUCUCUCUCUUUCUUAUGUCUCUCACUUUGUCUGUCUGUCUGUCUAACUCUCUGUUUUUGUAUCUUCUGGCUCUCUGUCUCUCUCUAUCUUUCUCACUCU